CCCAGCCACAGGUGCUCCCAUCUCCUGCCUGCUUCUCUGUAACAAGAUCAUUAAUCUGGUUAAUCAUGGAAAAGCUGAUAUCUGUUUGUAAACCAAGUCAAGUUUCCUGGGUUGCCCUCCUCACAGUGCUGGGCUGUGCUAGUGCCCUGCCUGUGGAUGUGGAUUCUGUCUGCACAGCGGGAGGACAUGCAAAGUACAGACUUGCCUUCACUGGGAAAUGGAGUCAGGCUGCUUUUCCAAAGCAAUACCCUCUCUUUAGACCCCCGGCACAGUGGUCACCAAUCAUAGCUGUAACUCAUAGUUCUGACUACCACAUAUGGCGAAGAAACGAAUAUGCCAGUACCGGGGUGAGAGAGUUUGCUGAGAAAGGAGAAGCCUGGACGUUAAUGAAGGAGGUGGAGUUGGCUGGGGAGAAGAUUCAGAGUGUUUAUGGGAUUUUCUCUGCCCCAGCGAUCACCAGUGGGACUGGCCAGAAUUCAGCCGAUUUUGAAGUCUUUGCAAGGCACUCCUUACUUUCUUUCAUUGUGCGGAUCGUGCCCAGCCCGGAUUGGUUUGUAGGUGUGGACAGUCUGAACCUGUGCGAGGGGGAUCAGUGGAAAGAGCAGCUGUCCCUGGAUCUUUACCCAUUCGACGCAGGCACAGACAGUGGCUUCACCUUUUCAUCUCCAAACUUCGCAACCAUACCACAGGACACUGUUACUCAGAUAACCUCUUCAUCUCCAAGCCACCCAGCAAACUCCUUCUACUAUCCCAGACUGAAGCAUUUGCCUCCCAUCGCAAGAGUCACAGUCACAAAGCUGAAGGAAAACCAUAUUAUGAGCCUGCCUAAAGACCUGUCCCAAUCCAAUCUCAUCCCUAUAGGCAAUGAAAUAGAGUCACUUACAAAUACACCUCUUGACUGUGAAGUUUCCAUGUGGUCACCCUGGGGGCUGUGCAAAGGGAAGUGUGGCCAGACAGGCACCAAGCACAGAACGCGUUACAUCAGCCUACGACCCGCCAAUGACGGUGAGGCCUGUCCCAACCUUGAGGAUGAGAGGGAGUGCGAACCUGACAACUGCGUCUGAACAUGGACGUCACUGGACCCUCACAAACUAAGGGAUAUGUAUCUUUUCAGCUGCUGUACACCUUAUAUCCUAUGUGUGGGUAUAUUACCAUUGAAGAAAAAGAAAAACUUUGAGGUACCCAAAGAUGCUUGUUAGUGCAGUUUGACUUACUUUUAUUUCUUUACUUAUUGUGAUAGAUUUUAGUUAUAUUGCACAGGUUAGAUUCUGUAUUUGGUAAAGCUUAUAAGUAACUAAAGGAUUGAUUGGAGGAACCUAUCCCACCUAGAAAUGCCACGAAUAUCAUUUAUUAGUACCAGGGAACCACUGCAUUUAAGGGGUAAUCCUUGGUUUAAAAUAACACGCAAUACAAAAUACAGAAUACCUCUCUUGUGGCCAAAAUUAAAAAUGCAGGGAUUAACAUUUUGAAUACCAUUUCUAAAAUGAACCUAACAUUUUAAUAACAUAGAUCUACUAACACUACUUCUUGUAUCUCAAUGUCUACUUUUGAAUUCUAUUUUAUUGAUAGAUGUAUUAACUAAAUUGCUUCCGAAAACAUGUCCAUUGUUUUAAGAUCGUGCACUUACAGUAUGUUUUUUCUUAGUACAACUCUUCUUUAUUUAAUCUUGUGUCAAUUUACUAAGACAUUUGCUUUUCAAAAUGUAUGUGGCUGAUUAUACCAAUAUAGUAACUGUAUUAUGCAAAAUUUGUCUAACAUAAUGGGACACAUUUGCUUUGAUGCAAAUUUAAAACUUACCGAAUCAUACAUGCACAUGUAGGUGGGGAGAUGGGGAACUGCAUGCAGGGCAAUAUGUGAGGAAGUGUAUAUGUACGGUCAAUCGUGAGACACAGGUGCAUGACAGAAGGACUACCAAUAGAGCUGUAAUAGGAAUCUAUGUCCUAGUAUAACUUUCUGUAAUAUGGAAUUGCAGAUGUUCAGUGGCAUAAUACAGUCUUUUGCAUGGAAGGAAGGGGUGAUGGGCCGGCAUUAGCAUUCAUAGUAACAUGGCUAGUGGGAAUGGGAGCACUUUAAGAACAGGACACCCAUGAGACAGAUAUAUGACACAAUGAUAGUGUCACCUGCAAAAAUGGAAGUGUAUGAGGCACAGUUGGGCUGUAUGCGUUGUGCUGUAAUAGCAGUGUGUUCUGUAUUCUCCAGUGUUUUAGGACUAUGUUGGCAGAUAGCACAAACAUGCGUUCUGUAAAUAUCCAUCCUUAUGCAGUAAGGCAGGUGUGAAAAAAUGCUGUAAAGU